UCCGGUAAAAUCAUCGUCUCUCAAAGUUAAAAUGGAGUCGACCUCCGCCGUAGGUCCGUCCUCGGCAAUGAAGGAAUCUCCAAAUUGGCUGUUAAUGCCUGACGAACUGAUGGAAAAUAUACUUGGAAGAUUGAGUAGCGUGGAAAAACUAAGGAGCGCAGGGAAAUUAUGCAGAACUUGGCGGAGAAUUUGCAAAGAUCCGGCGAUGUGGAAGGUCAUCGAUAUUGACAUAUUGCUGGAUGGUUGUGACACGAAUCACAAAAUCGAGAUGCUGACUAAGCAGGUAGUCGAUCUCAGCUGUGGGGAACUGAUCGAUGUCAGUGUCGGCGGCUUUUGCACCGAUGAUCUCCUCGAUCACAUUGCGCUACACUCAAGUAAGGUGAAGCGUCUUUACCUCUGGUGUGACCAGAUGACGGGUAGUGGGUUGAGUCGGGCAGUGAAAAGGCUGUCUCAAUUGGAGGAACUUGAAUUCUCUUACAUCUAUAUCAAUGCAGAAGACAUCGAAGUGAUUGGACGAAAUUGCCCUCAGCUCAAGUCCUUCAAGAUACCUCACAUGAGGUACACAGUGACAGGGCCAUACCUCCAAUGUGAUGAUCAAGCUGUUGCCAUUGCAAAUUACAUGCGGGAGUUACGCCAUUUGCAGAUUUAUGGUGAUGAGAUGACAAAUGAUGGAUUGGAGGCCGUUAAGAUUUAUGGUGAUGAGAUGACAAAUGAUGGAUUGGAGGCCAUUCUUAACGGAUGCCCUCACCUUCAAUCCCUAGACAUCUAUAUGUUUUGUAGCUUUGAACUUGACAGGAAUUUAGUAAAAAAGUGCAUGGAACGGAUCAAAGAUUUUAAACACAACUCAACACAAAAUUCUGAUGAUAUGUAUGUUGAUGAAUCUUCUGAAGCAGAUGAUUAGGAUUACUAGAUGAUUGGGUCUGAUCUUUGGUUGGAGAUGUUAGCAUAUCAUAAUGGUUGGUGGCCAUUUUAGAAAAUGUAAAUCUUGGUUGUGACUAAUAUCAUAAUUUGUUUUUCUCAAAUGACCUAAAGCACACAAAAGUCUGGGGAGAAUUUA